UCAGAUGACCCAAUAAUUAUUCAGACUCUGAGCUCCGAAACUCCUCCAUUUUUUUUUUGGGCAACCCAAUCUUGGUACUUCUCCAAAAUGCGAAGAGCCUCAAGGAUCAUUACCUCAUCAGCUUCAAACCUCAGCCACCGCGCUUCAUCUAGUUUUGCUCACCCCAAACACUCCUUCACUCCUUUGUUUGUACCACAAACUCACCAAAACCCAGAAACGCAAUCGCUUCCCGGUGGUUUUCUGAAAUGGGGUUCGCUUGGUUCGGUCAGAGCUUCAAGUUUUGCUUCUGGGUUCUCGCCCUUGAAGCCCAAGCCGUUGGAUUCCAUUAUUGACAUUCAUAGGGUUAAGGAUCGCUCACCUGAGGACAUUGCUUCAGCUUGGGACGAUUAUCACUUGGGAAGAGGACAUAUUGGUGCCUCAAUGAAGGCGAGUCUGUAUCACUUGUUGGAGCAUAGAGCAGCAGAUUGCCGGUAUUUCGUCAUUCCUUUGUGGAGAGGGAGUGGUUAUGUCACAAUGUUUGCUCAAGUGCAGAUGCCACACAUGAUUUUCACUGGUCUUGAAGAUUAUAAGGCAAGAGGAACUCAAGCUACUCCCUACUUCACUAUGACGUAUUACAAUGAAUUUGCACAAAGCAAGGACAUGGUGCUUAUCCGAGGCGAUGUUGUACUCCCCAGCAAGCUCAGUGACUCAGAAGCAAAAUGGCUUCUGGAGACCACCCAAACCUUCUAUUUGAAUGAUGUCAGGUACAAGUUGGUUGAACGGUUCAACAAACAAACACAUGAUUUCGAAUUCAAGGAUGUCUUGCAAGCACUGGAUAUGCCCAAUCUGUGAUUUCCCCAACAGAAAGGAAUUUUGGCCUUAUAGCAGUGAUAGAAGUUUUUGAUAAUAUCAUUGACCAUUCUGUUAGAUGUACUGAUCAAAUAAGAAAGGGAGACUCAUGCGGUGUAGCAAAAAAUUCAAACUCAGUCAUACCCUGGAGAUUCUGAUUUCUUUUUUCAUUUACUUGUGGAUUGAUGAUUUGCUGUUUUAUACAGUAAGCUUGAGAUUACGAGUUAGUUC